ACUAGCCACAAGUAAAGGCACAGUUCAUAUCCCUUUUACUCUGGAAAAACGCCAAACUUUUACCUUUCUAUCUUUUUAUUCGAAUAAAUCCCAGAAUAUAAUGUGAGCAAACUCUUCAUAAUUUUUCGGAAAUUUAUUGGACAGGAAGAAAUGUUCUUUCCAACUAUUUUACGAGAUCUAUCUUAGUAGGUUUAGUCGCUGGAUUGAUACUCUUCAGAUUAUCUCACUAUGCUUCCAAUGCAUCUUUUUUUAACCUUUUAGUAGCAACUCUUUCUUAACAGAAGCGCAAGUGAUCUUAUUAAUGAUCUUAAAAUAUUAGAAAUAGAGCUUUCUUCGAUGAUUAUGUCAAACGCAAAAAUUAUAAAUGUAAAGGAUAUAGCCGGCGUAUGACAUACUAUACAGAAUGCCGAUUGCCGCCAUAUCCUUCAUACUCACUUUUACAUUCAUAGCUGUGAUAUGGGGGAAAUGCCCUGAAGAAUGCAUAUGUGGUGCUGAUCUUGAGGAUCGAAAAAGGGUUAUCUGCAAUAAAGGUGGGCUAGUAGAAAUUCCCACUUUAAAAAUGGAUCUGGAUAUACAAGUAUUAAUAAUCACGGCUCCACCUCAUAAUUCCAAUGAAUUAACAAUAGGUAGAAUAUUUCUAGAUUUCCAUGAUCUAGAAGAAGUUCGUAUUACUUAUUCGAAGUUACCUGCCAUUGGAGACAGUUCGUUUUGGCCUGGAAAAAAUCUUAAAAUCCUAGACCUUAGUCAUAACAACAUAACAUUUAUUCGUGACAAAGAUUUUUAUGGCCUACGAAAUCUGCGUGUUUUAGAUUUAAGCUAUAAUGGCAUAUCAGCUUCUCCAUCUGCUCCAUUCAGAUUAUUAUCAAGUCUAACAACCCUUUCUCUAGCUCGAAAUAAGUUUCGAACACUAGUUCCAAGAUUUUUUUACAUGCUUACCAAAUUGGAAAAAUUGGAUUUAAGUGGAAAUCCUCUGAAGGACAUAGAUCCUGAAAACCUUAAAGAUGUUCGUCCACUUCGACGAUUUCAUUUAGCUAAAUGUCAACUAACCAGGCUUCAUUCGCUAGUUUAUCAGCAACUUCCCAACUUAGAAGAAUUAGAUUUAAGAGAUAACUACUUUACUUAUUUUUCGCCAGAAGAAUUUAGACAUCUGAAACGUUUAAAAUAUCUUCAUUUGGAUGGGAAUAAUCUGACUCUUAUUGUUGAGAAAACGUUCGAUGGACACAACUUGAGACAUCUUGGUUUGUCGCGAAAUCGAAUAUUCAAAUUCUCUAAAUGUGCAUUCUGUAACUUGUCAAUACAGCAAUUAGAUCUUUCGUAUAAUCAACUCGUAAGUAUACAUUUUGACGCUUUAUCACCCAUAGCCCACUCAUUAGAAAGUUUAGACGUCAGUUUUAAUGAAAUAGAUUCUGAGGAAUUAGAACUCGCUUUAAGUCCUCUUUACAAAUUGAAGAAACUAUCACUAUCAGGAAUGAAACUUGAUCAUCUAUCAGAUGAUGCUUUUAUCAACAACAUUGAACUAAAAACAUUAGACAUAUCUUACAAUUUAUUUUCAAACUUAUCAGGUCAAACCAUCCAACCUCUACAUCAAAUUGAAGAAAUUGAUUUAUCACACAAUCUGUUGGAAUAUUUAGAUCCUUCCUUUUUGGAAAAAAUUGACAAUAUAUCAACUUUGCAUGUUUUACAUUUACAUUCAAAUCCAUGGUCUUGUCAUCGAUGCUCCGUCCUCACUCUACUAAGAUGGAUCCGACAAUCUAUUCUUUAUAGUAGUACUUGUGAUGUGAACUACGAAAGUAGUACCUGCAUGAGAUGUGCUUCGCCACUUUCUCUGGAGGGACGUGCUUUACAUUCAUUGCGUCGCUUAGAUCUUGAACCUUGCAAUAGCCUAAUGCCUCAAUCUAGAGUAUUUGUAGCAUCAUCAAAUGUCGUCAUUAUUGUUGUAAUAACAGUUGUUAUUCUUUUCAUAAUUAUUUUUACUGUUUCUGUCAUAAUUUACAAAAAGCAGGGGGCAUCGUAUUACACGCAUGAAGGUGAUAGAACCCCAACUUUAGGUGUACUCGGAAUACCAUCUGAUUACGCUGAUAUCAAUGGAAGAACUUUUUCAGAAGAAAGAAGAAGAGCGUAUUUUGUAACUUUAGAUCGAAUAGAUGAACUUGCGGGUGAAAAAAUUGUGGCAGCUUUUAACUCUAACUAAUGAUUUUUUAAAUUUUUUUAUUAUGCGUGGCUUCUUUAAAAGUAAAGAUACAUUACGUUAGGGUGAACAGGAAGUACUUUAUUGCAUAUUUUAGAAACUUGGAAUUCAAUCGUGACCCUUUGACUUGAUGUUGUAUUGACUUGAACUACUAUACAUUGAGUCUGAUUCAAGAAAAGCGUAUUUUUUUUAUAUACAAACCGUUAAUCAACUUGAUCUUAAUAUAAUUGGUUAAAUCUAAAUAAUUCACGCUUAUCAUACCUUAUUCAAAGAUCACUGGAAGCUUCUCCGUUCAGUACUUAUCUAUUUUGAGAAACCAAAUGGGAUUUAAUUUCAAUACGUUUUGGCUGUUUAAGUGGAAUUUUUAUUAAUUUUUUAUUAGGACAACUUAGACAUCAAAAAUACGUUCUAAUUGAACCAGACUCUCUGUAGGAAUGCCAAACAACCACGAGGAGAACGUCAAGUUUUGUAGGUAAAAGCCAGUGUUCUCAAAAUUCACGAUGAACAUUUUAAACUCCUGGCUACUAUAUAUUUAUUUUUCAUGCAGACUUCAUAGAUGCGUUUUAUUUUCAUUCUAUAUUUAAAGCCAGUUUUCUAACCAAACUUGAGACGAUAUAAUUUAAACGAUAAUACAUAGCAGCAUGUUCUAAACCUUCUGGCAACCCUGGUCUAAUGAAUCUUUUCAAAAUUCUCUUCUUUUUUAUCAGUAAAAAUCAUUGUUUAUCUACUAUAUUAAUUUUAUUAAUUUUAAAAGUCUUCUUUCACUAUUUUUAAUAUAUUUUAGAAUAUACAAAGGAUCUCGCACAAAUAUUAUAGAAAUCAAUUCUAUGUCAAAUUGAAUGGAAAUUUAAUGUGUUGUAGUUCAAAACAUUCUGAUCCAGAGUUCUCAUUGACAAAGUCCAAAAAUGGACUGAGAUACGGAGCCACAAGCAUAAGAGAUAGAGGCAACGGUCACUGUAGUGAAGAAAGCGCAGCAUUGGCUCGAGUGAAUGCCAAGAAGUAAGCCGUUAGCUACUGAAUUAGAGACAUCUAUCGUGCUACUAGUUUUUUCAUAACUUAAUCAAGUUUUUAAUACUUAUUUAAAAGUUAAUCAUUAAGGCUAUUUUUGUAGGCUCUGUCGUAAUAUGAAAUGAUGCUUUUUUUACGAAUAAUAUGCUAUUUUUAUAACUGGUGUAAGUUUGCAACUGUUACUCAUGACUUUUUGGUCAAGUUUAGCAUAUCUAAGGCCAGCACAAAACGUCAACAUGGAGAAAAGCCGCAGUUUUGGGAAAAUAAAAAACGUUUAUGGUCUUAUUUUUUAAUAUUCAAAAACUUGCUCUAUUGCUGCACUAUCUAGGCUCAUAAAAGUUUGCAAAAGCUGAGAAUAAGGCAGUGAUUUUGAUAAUUUUCAUCUAGAUGGGAAAAUGUCAUCAAAUUGGCGAUUUUUAAAAAGUUUUAUAACUUUAAAAAUAUUUAUGUUAUUUGUCUGUUCUAAAGAGCGGAUAAUUCUUCACGGUAGGAUUAUACAUAUACUAGUUAAAAAUCAUCGCAUUGCGUCAAGUGUAAGACACUUAAACUAUGCCUUUUUUUUCCUUGGCAAGAGAGCUUCGAAAAACAGCGUUAAUUAUUUUUAGAAAAUUGAGUAUUAUUCUAUAUAUUAGAGAAUUGAGAAUAACUAUUUAUGGUUGAGGCUUCGUAUCUCCGUAACUAUCAAUUUGUGGACUUAGUGUCAACCAGAAUUUUUUAUCAGAAUGUUGUGAACUACAAGAUGUAAAAUUUUCCGCUAAUUUGACAGAGAAAUAAUUUCCAUAAAAUUUAUGCGAGGUGUUUCCGUGAGCUAUUUUUAAAAUCUUAAUUUACGCUAAUUGAUGCCGCCAUCAUCAUAAAAAAAAUGACAGCUGUAGACAUGUAGCAAAUCAGUUCUAAGUUUCCUUUAAAAAUUUCAAAAUGAUGAUUUCGUGUAUUUAAAAAACAAAACACCAUUUUGUUCAUUAAAAAGUAAACAAUUUAUUUUUAAGAAGUCUACUGUAAUAUUUUAAAUUAAUAGAGUAACAACAAAGAAGUGGAGCUUUCCCCCAAAGUUAUAAUAUAAUAUUAAACUUUAUUAAAAAUUCAUCUGAUAUAGAUUCAAAGCCAGCAGUAUAUUACUAAUUAGACGGUGGUUUACAUCACUAGAUGAAGCACCAAUUUUCCCAGUUUGAGAUUUUUUUUUCUCUCUUUGUAGUAUUGUAAGAAGCAAUGAACUGAUCUGAAUAGAAAAUAUUUUAUGUAAAUUCUCCUGAGAUUUACAGGCCUAUUCUAUGACCAGGCGGUAAAAUAUUUAAGUGGUAAAUUUUAUCGCAUUAACGUGACUUCGAUUUAACGUUAUAAAGUUUAGGCAUGUGGUAAUAUUUUGGCAUAACUUAUUCCAUUUCUUUUAUUGGCCUCGUCAGAGAAUAGGCCUGCAAGAAAACUAAAAAUAGGAACUAGAAGCACCAUUUUUAUCUUGUCAUGGUAGUUCAACAUCUCAAAAUAAGAAAUUAGCGCUUGGUCUUAUAAUAUAAAACACCGUCCAAUUUAUAUCUCACGAGCAGAUAAAAAAUUUCUUCAGUGAUAAAAAGCAUCGAAAUGACGUAAAACAAAGCAAAUAAAUAAAAAAGUUUUUUGGAUUUGAUGAUUCCAUUUUGACACAACUUAUCAAUGAAGUUCUUUAUUGCCUGGUUUGUAAAAUAGGCCUGGAAAUCAUUGCAUGCUUUUCACUUAUGUGUAUUUCCCUUUUUUUCUCCUUCUCUUUAAUAAUUAUGUUUGAAAAUAACUCUGUAAAAAAAUUAUCAUUACAACACUUAGACUUAUCUUGAUUGAUGAAUAAAGUUUUUAUUUAUAACAA